AUGCCGGUUACAGUUGGAGCCGGCGCCGUAGGACUAUUCUAUGGCUCCCGUCUGCAUCUACCUGAAGACAACAUACUCGUGUCACUAGUCUGCCGCUCCAACUAUAAUGCUAUCAAAGCCAAUGGAGUCAAACUCCUGACGCAUAGCUUUGGAGAAUAUACCUUCCAUCCAGAAAACACCUUCAACUCUGUUCAGCAGGCAGCUGAAUUGGCCAAUAUUCAAUGGGAUUAUGUCGUAGUCACCACGAAAGCCCUUCCACCGACGUCGACCGACGACUCGGAAGCAAACCUCGUCAAGCCUGUUGUCGGCAAGGACACAACCAUUGUUCUCAUACAGAAUGGAAUUGGUAUUGAGAAGCCUUAUACGGAUGUAUUCCCGCACAAUGUACUUCUCAGCGCCGUCACAGUAGUGAGCGCAGAGCAAAUCGAACAGGGCAUCGUCCGGCAGAACCGCUGGACGAGAAUCAGCAUAGGUCCAUGGGGAAUUGGCAGUAUAUCUCAUGGGAGGGAGAGAAAUAAACUAUUCUGCGACAUAUUGAAGAAAGGAGGCGUGAAAGACGCCGAAGAGUAUGACGAACGGGGACUACAAUUUGUUCGAUGGCACAAGAUAGCGAUCAACGCCUCGUUCAAUCCUUCCUCCGUUCUCUCAAAUGGUGCGGCGAAUAGCGACAUGGCAGCAGACCCACUAUUGAAGACGCAUAUUCUCGGUACGAUGCGAGAGAUCCUGCAUCUUGCCACCAUUGUUCUCCAAUCACCUCUUCCCUCAAAGUUUGCGACUCCAGAGAAGAUUAUCGAAAGUACACUCCGAAAUACUCGAAAGAAUUUUGAUAGCAACCAACAAAAAUCACAGAAACGACCAGUAAAAGAUGAUGGGGAAUCAUCUCGACCGUCCAUGUGGUAUGAUUGGGCUCAAGGGCGACCGAUGGAGUUAGAAGUGAUCCUCGGAAACGUUGUCCGAGAGGCUGAGCGGGUGCGCGUGGAUGUACCCAGAGUCCAGAGUAUGUAUGCGUUGCUCUGCAUGGCUCAAGCACGGAGAGAUGCGGAACGAAAACGGAAGACUGGUGCUAGACUAUAA